AUGCUAGCCGCAAUACGAAUUUGCACCGGCCCAUUCGCCACCGGCGUCUGCACAGAGGAGCAGUACCAGCUGGAUACUUGCUACAACCUGACCGGCGAGUUCGUGCGCAACACGGUCACUUUUGUGCCAGACAACGACAAGUUUUAUUGUCUGCCCUACCUCACCACGUGCGGCGGCAAAUGCACGUCGCCCACGGGCUGCACCUUGGGACCCAUCACGCACUACAUGCCCAGCAACGACGACCUGGCCACGGUUGGCGGCGGAUGGAACCAGCUGAUCGCGUCGUUUGAGUGCCACCUCGGUACUCCCAAGCCCCAGGAGCCCUGA